AACAAAAUCCAUUUCCCUUUCUUGCAUGCAAGUUCCCGGUCCUCUCAAAUCUCUCUUUUCCUAUUUUCCUCUCUAUUCUUAUCCUCCUCUCAAUGCAAAAGGAAACCAAGUCUUAGAAUGUCCUACGAUAUGGGUUCAUCCAUCAAAGCACCACACAUCUGCGGACGCAGUACUCAGCUCAGACGUCGAAUGCCUCAAAUGGCAAGCCUACCUCGCGCUUAGAGGCCUCAGCAAUAUCCGAGUUCGUUUCGACGUCGACGCACAAGGAGCUAUCGAUGGUCGGUUGCCAAACCUACACGUUCCCUUCGACGCGUCUACGACGUAUUCGUGGACAGCAGAGAGUAACAAGAAGAAGGCUAUCUCAACUGGACCGAUAGAUGACAGUACUGAGCUACUUUCGGCUCCGCAUAUUGUUGAAUGGGUCGACGUGAAGCUUGCGCAUAGCGCGAUGGACGAUUCAUGGGAGGGUUACAGGGACGAAGCAACUAAAGAUGAGAGCAGGGCUUGGGUUUCUUUGCUUGAAGGGAAUGUUCAUGCAGCGUUGAUCUUAUCCCAGCCCACCCAAUCCUUCCUUGAAUCUCUACUAGCACCUCCAGCUCCCCCUCCCGCCAGUCCCAGUCUCGAUUCAAUCCUCGUUCCUCCGCCUCCUCCAUUAACUGGCCUUUUCUCUUUCAUUCCUUCGUACUCUCUUACGCUCUUUAGUCCCUUCGGAAGUACUUCGAAUACUACUGGUAGCGUUAGGAUCUCUCCCGCAACUAGAAAAGCGGUUUUUGAAAAGUAUGCGGAUGCUAUCAAGGCGUUGUCGGAAAAGCUGGGGACAGAUAAAUGGUUUUUGGGAUCAGAGCACCCUACUCCUCUAGAUGCACUCAUCUUUGCGUAUCUAUAUUGUAUACUUCAGUCCUCGGAACUUGUUCGUACAGAAGUCACCAGAAGGGUGAACCUUGUAGCUUGGGAAUGGCGCGUACGUGGUACAGUCAAAGCAGCGUUCAAAAGGGCAUGAAAAGGACUUUCUAUAGAUAUAUUAGUAUACAAACAAGAGUUGCUAAUGGUGUCAACAAACUCUACAGUAUGCAGUCUCAGAUACUAUUCGCAGGCCUUUGCUCUUUCCUCGCAUAUAAUUUCCUACCUUACGAAGCUUGGCGGUCUACUGAAGAAUUCGGCGAGUUCUUUCAGUGGGCACUGGUUUUCUUCAAUCUGUACGAAAUGCAUUAAUAUUCUGGCAAGCAGAU